AUGCGCCUCUCCUUCGUUCGGUGUCCUAUUUUCCCUCAACGGUGCCCUGCGCGCGUGGUGUUUUGCCAAAAAAACUGGUGGCCAUGGCGGAGGUUAGGUCAGAUGGUCCGCCGGCGAUCUCAUGGUGGCGCGAUGUUGUUAGCCGCCUUUCAGCCUUUACUGGUGUUGGAAUGGCUGGAUCGCACAAGCUGCAGUGGGUUUGCUAGAUAUGUGAGUACAAGUGCUGUUGCAACAAAACCCUCAGGAGGCUUUUUCAGUUGGUUGACUGGUGAGAAGGGGUCUUCACUUCCACCAUUAGAUUUUCCACUGAAAGAUAUUCCACAGCCUGAACCAUUGCCCGACUAUGUUGAGCCCGGAAAGACCAAGAUAACUACUCUUCCUAAUGGGGUCAGAAUUGCAUCCGAAACAUCAAAGAACCAUGCAGCUUCAAUUGGGUUAUAUGUUGACUGUGGCUCAAUCUACGAAACUCCAGCUUCAUUGGGGGUCACACAUCUCUUGGAGCGAAUGGCAUUCAAAAGUACCGCUAACAGAAGCCACCUGCGUAUUGUGCGUGAAGUUGAGGCAAUUGGGGGCAAUGUAGGUUCAUCAGCCUCCCGGGAGCAUAUGAGUUAUACUUAUGAUGCACUAAAGACUUAUGUUCCUCAAAUGGUAGAGCUUCUUGUUGACUGCGUGAGAAAUCCAGCAUUUUUGGAUUGGGAAGUUAGCGAACAGAUCCAUAAGUUGAAGGAUGAGAUAAAAGAUUUCUCCAAAAACCCUGAGAACCUACUUAUAGAGGCUGUACAGACAACUGGUUACUCUGGUCCCUUUGGCAAUCCUCUUGUGGCUUCAGAGUCCGCGCUUAGUGGUCUGGAUAGCAGUGUGUUGGAGGAGUUUGUUGCUAAAAAUUACACUGCUCCAAGGAUGGUUCUUGCAGCAUAUGGUGUAGACCAUGAUAAACUUUUGGAAUAUGCAGAACCACUUUUAAUUGAUGUUCCUUAUGUUUCUCAACCUUCAAUGCCAAAGCCGGUUUAUACAGGAGGGGAUUUCCGCCACCAAGAUGGUUCAGGGUUAACUCAUGUUGCUCUUGCCUUUGAACUUCCGGGUGGCUGGAUUGAGGAAAAGGAUGCUAUGACUCUGACUGUUCUUCAGCUUCUCAUGGGGGGAGGUGGAUCCUUCUCAGCUGGCGGCCCUGGGAAAGGGAUGUAUUCAAGAUUAUAUCGUCGCGUCCUGAAUGAGUAUCCUCAGAUACAAACCUUUUCUGCUUUCAGCAGCAUUUGCGAUCAUACUGCAAUAUUUGGAAUUCUAUCCACCACUGGUUCUGAUUUUGCAAGUAACGCUAUUGAUAUUGCUGUUAAUGAACUCACUGCUGUUGCCAGCCCGGGUGAAGUUGAUGAGGCACAGUUAAAUCGUGCAAAACAAGCGACAAAGUCUUCCAUAUUGAUGAACUUGGAAUCCAGAAUGGUUGCAUCAGAAGACAUAGGUAAACAAAUAUUGACAUAUGGAAAAAGGAAAUCGGCAAAACAUUUCUUGAAUAUUGUCGAUUCAGUCCAACCAAAUGAUAUUGCUAGUGUAGCACAGAAGCUUUUAUCAUCUCCCCUCACAAUGGCAUCUUAUGGAGAUGUGAUUAAUCUGCCCAGCUAUGAUGCUGUUAGCAGCAAGCUCAAUGCAAAAUGA